UUGAUUUGGAUUAAACUAAAAAACGUGCUAGAAUUUUUUGGUAAUACUAUAAAUUUUCUAAAUAAAAUAUGGGGAAAGCUAGUGGUGUCAGCAGACGUAGAAGAAAGAAGUAUAAUUAUAAUAGAAAUCUUAAGAAGUUGCAUAAAAAGCAAAUAACAUUACCUAAAGUUAAAUGUAAACAAAUAAAAGAGGCUUGGGAUUCUUCAAAAAGUUAUGUUAGGAAUAUGGAAGAUAUGGGGCUGUCUGAUGAUCCCAAUAAGACAAUUGGCAUUAGAGAAAAUAAAAAGAAAAAGCCUGUAAAAAUGGAAGUUAUCUCUGAGUUGGAAGCUGAAGCUACUGCUCCUCAGCCUAAAACUUUAAGAUUACCUACAGAGCCAAUGAAAUUUUGUGUAUAUAUGAUUGAAAAAUAUGGCGAUGAUUAUAAAGCAAUGGCUAGGGAUCCAAAAAAUUACUAUCAAUCAACACCUGCUGAAAUUAAGAAAAAAAUUAAGAAAUUCAAGAGUAUUCCUUGUCAAUGGAAUGCAUAUUUAAGAGCCAAAGGACUCUUUGAAGGUGAACAAAACCCUGAUGAAUAUCAUAUAGACAUUCAUGAAAUUACAGAAAAUAUUGAUCAAUCAUCUUCUGCUAUGGAAAUGUGAUAAUAAAUAGUUUUUUAUUAAUGUA